CAGAGAGAGAGAGAGAGAGAGAGAGAGAGAGAGAAGAUGGGAGGAGGAGGCGGACAUGGAGGGAGCACGACCUACAAGGGGAUGUCCCUGCACCACCCCAAGCGGUGGCACGCCGUCACCGGCAAGGGGCUGUGCGCCGUCAUGUGGUUUUGGGUCCUUUACAGAGCUAAGCAAGAUGGGCCGGUAGUACUGGGUUGGCGACAUCCUUGGGAGGGUCAUGAAGAUCACUCCCAUGGCCAUGGACAUGAUCACGAGACAUCCCAUUGAAACGCUGGAAAGGGAUAACACAAGAGGCCAGGGGUUCUUUCGCAGUGUAUCUGGAUUAUCUGUGUUCCUUUGAGUUCAAAUAAAGAUCUCUGUGAGAUUUAUGAUCUCACAACAGCAAAUCUGUUAGCUUGUAAGGAUGUUAAACAUUUUCGGUGUGCAAAGCUUAUACUUGAGCAUUCUAUUCAGUUCUCGACAGCUGCUUGCAUAAUCUUUUCCUGAAAAGAGUUGGGUUACAUCUGGUUUAGGGCAGUCAAAUUAGCGUAGUAGUCUCUGCAGACUCAAAAAUUGUUUAUGCACCUUAGUUAUCCAGGUUAUUUUUCAACCUUCAACCAAGUCAAGUGGACCAGUUGCAUUUCCCUCAUGUAUAACAUCAGAGCAAUUGCUGACAUCAGCGUGCAAAUUGCAUCUGGAAUGGCGUACUGGAACUGUAGUGAUCAUUGACAAUUUAAUACGAGUGAGUAAAUGUUCCUUGUGCA